UCCACCAAAACAGGCAGCUCUCAAAGGGCUCGAUUCUCAGAGCAUACGCGCCCGCAGCCCAGCGCGUUCGGUUCAAGAGUUCACUCUGUACCAGGCCUUAUUUCCUCUGCUAAGGGACUCUCGAAACGAUCGCCGGCAUGCCUGAACCACUCUCGUCCCCGAACCCGAUCCCUCCCCGCACUAGCUCAACCGGUGUCACAAAUGGAGCAACCUACUCGCCUCCCGCACAAAAUAUAAUACUGAAACCUGUCUCCGAGGAAGAAUGGAUCGCAUCUUCGUCUAGAAAGUCGCACAACCGCACCUUAUCUCCCAGCUCGACCAACGGCUGCGGCGCCCCCGGUGAAGCGAAGAUCUGUACCAAAACGGUGAUCAGCAAUAUCGACGGAAUGUGGUCCGCGGAGAAGGAGAGGAUCCUGCUGGGUCCUUAUGAAUAUAUGGUACACCAGCCGGGCAAGGACAUACGCAGACAGCUCAUCGCGGCGUUUAAUCGCUGGCUACAAGUCCCCGAGGAGAGCCUGGCUGUUAUCACCAAGGUCGUGUUGAUGCUUCAUACAGCUUCUCUGCUUGUAGAUGAUGUCGAAGAUUCUUCGGUCCUGCGACGAGGUGUACCGGUAGCGCACAAUAUUUUCGGGACCGCGCAAACGAUUAAUUCAGCAAAUUAUAUAUACUUCUUAGCAUUGGAUGAGAUCCAGAAGCUGCGAAAUGCCGAUGCAAUCGGAAUAUUUACUACGGAACUAUUAAAUCUACAUCGAGGCCAGGGAAUGGAUUUGUUUUGGAGAGACACGCUCACAUGUCCGACCGAAGAGGACUACCUAGAGAUGGUGGGAAACAAGACGGGAGGAUUGUUCAGAUUGGCUAUCAAGCUCAUGCAGGCUGAGAGCGAAGUCUCCGUUGACUGCAUCCCCCUCGUGAACUUGAUGGGCCUCAUCUUUCAGAUCUGCGAUGACUAUCUCAACCUCUCCAACCCAACCUACAGCAAAAAUAAAGGCCUUUGCGAAGACCUAACAGAGGGAAAGUUCUCCUUCCCCAUUAUCCACUCGAUCCGCUCCCAGCCAGAUAACCUACAACUUAUUAAUAUCCUAAAACAAAAAACGAAAGACGACGAGGUCAAGCGGUACGCGAUUAAUUAUAUGGAGAGCACCGGCAGUUUUGCGUAUACGAGAAAAGUGGUCUCACAGCUGCGUGAUAAUGCUUUAGUGGUGAUUGACGAACUUGAAACUACCUUAGAGCAAGCGCAAGAUGGCCAGAGUUCCAAAGCUGAAGGGAGCGGGGAGAUGGUGCGGUCGAUUCUGAACAGAAUCGUUGAGCCAACCCUGAAGCCAUGAUUGGAGGUCUAAAGUUCUUUUCUCUUAUGCAUAGCUCAUAUUUUUCGGUGGUCAUACGUCCCGGUGUUUUCCUGUAUGGGUCAGGGCUCGGGGGAGGGUGUUUUCAUAUGAUAUCAAAUGGUGCGGGAAGGAUAUUUGGUUUGGAGAGCCCCUUUGAAUCAAGGUUGUUUUCCUUAUGGUAUGGGCAAUGGUGUUUCGCGUAAAAUUGUCAUUAGGCGGGGGCAACUCACUCAUUUGCGUACAUAUCCGAUAUUGAGAUUUCCGGAUAGAAGCAAGCGAGUUCGAGGAUAUUGUUUCCUAGGCUGAUCGCCUUUAAGCUGGUGUUUGGUAUAUAUUUCUAAGCGACCCGCAAACCUAACUAAGGGUAUCAACAAAAUAAAAUCCCUAAAGCAAAUAUGAAAAUAAAAUCCCGAGAAUUCACCCCCGCUAUCCACUUAUCGAAAUUCCUAAGAAGUCUAGAUUGCAAAAGCAAUUCCAAAACAAAAGCCCCGACACAUCGACGUAGGUCUCACAUAACGAUGCAGCAAGCCUUCUCCAACUUUCGUAAAAGUGUAGGCACGGCCCUACGAACGGCCUCUUCAACAAAAGUAUUUCCUUGCUGCUGCUGCUGCUGCUCAUGGGCUUGGGGAGCAUGUUGCGGGUAGUGAUGCUGUGGCUGCUGAUGUGGAGGAGGAUGAUGAGAUUCAUAGGGCGGCAUCUGCGCCGGUCCACCGGUCAAAUUGACGUAUAUCCUUCCCGCGUUUUCUUCCGUACAAUAUUGCAAGCCGAGAUCUCGGCAUACUUGCUCCACGCGCGGUUUCAGCUUCUGGACGUGGUUGGCUGAGUGGUUUCCCUUGCCAACAAUCCUGCAUUUUAUCUCGUAAGUUUCCCUCCCUCGUGUUAUUCGCUCUUCAACGCGUGCAACGCUCGAGCGGCACCAAACUUACACGUGAAGAUGCGUCUGCCCAUGCGCCUGCGCAUACUUGAUCCGCUCUUCUAAAAUAUCUUCCGCUUCCUCCAUGAAUUGACCAUGCAAAUCGAUCGUGUCGUCCGGCACCCG